GGCGGCGGCGGGCGCUGCACGUGGCGCGGGAGGUGAGCGCCGCACGGCCCGGUACGGCAUGGCCCGGCACAGGGAGCCGCACGGCACAGGGACCCGCACGGCCUGGCCUCGCCUCGGCAAGAAUGAUAAUAAAGAAAAAGAGAAAAGACAUUCAUGAGGAGCCUGUGCAGAAGAAGAAAAAGUUGAAAACUAUCAUUGAAAUUGAGGAAGAUGUUAAAACUGUCAUUAAACCUGAGGACAGUGGCCAUCUCAAGGAAAAAACAAAGCGCAGGAAAAAGGAAAAUUUAAAAGAUGAGUGCUUACACAAAUUGCAACCAAAGAAUAAUAAGAGAAACAAGAAGAAGAAAGUUGGCUCUGAAUUACUCAGAGAAGAUAAUUUAGAAAGUUUUGUGAAGAGAAAAGGUCAUCUGGAUUUACAGCUUCAAGAGGAAUCAGAGGAACAAAUUAAAAUAUUCAAAAAGAAGAAAAAAAAAGUCCAUUGUCAUUUCUCCUUGGAGAAUAAUGAGAGUAGUGACGUGGAGCUUUCAAAUCAUUGCACAGAUGGUACUAAGAAAAAUGAAUUAUCUUUUAAAAAAAAGAGGAAGAAAACUGCUUUGGAUUUGGAAUUGGAUGGUGAGGUAACAAAGAAAAAAAAGAAGAAAUGCAGUUUUUCAUUAGAGGACAUCCAGGACACUGGACAAAGGCAAUCUGCAAAAGUCUGUAAAAACACCCACAAAUACACUUCACAAAAAGCAGUUUUUAUGGGUGAGGACUAUGACACAGGUAAUGCCCAGAAUGGGGGGGAGAGUUGUGUAAGAAAGAAGAAAAACAAAAAGAAAGCUAAGUCUGACUGCUUUUUACCACAGGCAGAUAAUGGGGACAACAUGCAUCGAGUUCCUGGUAGCCCCACUGCAUUAAGUGACUUUAGGAAAAGGAAGAAACAUAAUUCCUGGGAGUUUACAUGGGCAAGCAGAGAGGAAGAGGAUAAAAUUAAGAACUUUGGACGUAUCAAAGAGAGGAAGAAAAAGAAAAAAAAAGCUAUUUCUUCCUCCACCUGUGAAGAUGAGCAAGACUGCAGUCACAGCAUUCCUGAUAAGCAUCUCCCAGCACAGCAGGAAGUUGAGCUUGAGGAAGAAGGGCUGUCUGGAAGGAAACACAGGAAGAAUUUCAAGUAUAAUAAUGAAGUCAGUAAGAAGAAAAAGAAGAUGAAGAAAAAGCAGAAGGAAACAACAUACUCAGAAGUUUCUUUAAACAAUGACAGUGCUUCUAAAAGCAAAAAAAUACUACUAGAAAGCAAUAAGAAGAGCAAAGAGAGUGAGAUGGAGCGAGCUCAGUGUGUUAGAGAGGAUGCUGUAGAUGGGGCAUUAUGCAAUAGCAAUCCUGUGCUGUGUGACAGAAAAAGGAAAGAAAGGAAAGAAGCACCACCACAGGACUUAGCUGAAGAGCCAGCUUCAAAAGCAGAUGCAAAAAAGAUCAAGACAGAAUCAGCAUGGAAUCAGUCAGUGGAACAUCUAGAUGGUGUAAUUAUUGUGAAGGAAAAGAAAGGAAACUGUGAUGAAAUUAACAUAGACAAGGUGAGGCGGCAGGCCCUGCAAGAAGAAAUUGACAGAGAAUCUGGCAAAACCAAGGCUUUCAGUUCCAAAGGGGGACAGGAUAUGAACCUUGGACAGUGGAGUACAGCUACUUUUAAAAGUUCUGAGGAACAAAAUAAGUUUUUUAGACUGUUGGGUGGUUUUAAAAAAGGUUCUGUGCCUAUCCAAAGUCCUUCAGCAACUACAAACAAACCAAACAUGGCUCUGAACCAGGAAGGGGAGGAGAAGUUACAGCAGGCUCUGAAGAUGGAGUUUGAUAAAGCAAUGGACUUGAAGCAACACAGAGGAAUUGGUCUUGGAUUUCAGCCUAAAGCCAACAAAAAAGUAUACAUAGACAAAUACGCAUCUAGAUCUAUAAAAUUUGAAGAUUAAAAUUCAGAAGUUAUAGAGUGAAAUUUCUUUUUGCCUUCUACAUCUUUUUACUUGAAAUAAACGAAAUUUCUUCAGCAUUUUGAUAUUUUAUGAAGUACUUGAAGUACAAGAUUUCAUCUGCUUAUACCAGUGGAGCUGGGUCCUCAUUUCAUCCAAACAAAAAGUUUUUGAAACCUUUAUUAUGUUCUGCAAGGCAAGAGACAGCCUCCAUCCAAGACUGAAGAUGUGUGCCAUGCCAGCAAUUAGUUGAAAUUCAGUAAUUUCAUUUUAAAUGCUGAUUCAAUAAACUUACUUUUAUCUGUA